GCCGUCACCGCCAGUUCCGCGCUCCGCCGCCCUCACCGCCGUCGUCCAAGGAGCGGCCGCGUCUUUGUGGAGGUCUUUUUAAAAAAAUCUAUAAACGUCUCCUCGACGUUUAACAACCUAUUUACAACAGACACGCGGCAAUGGUCGGCGGCUAUCGUUGCGUGGAGUGCGGCUUCGAGGCCAGGGAUCUGUACCGCGACUACAAGCACGGCGUGAUCAAACUGGCGAUCUGCGAGAGAUGUCGCAACCCCGUGGACAAAUACAUCGAGUAUGACCCAGUGAUCAUCUUCAUCGACACGCUCCUGUGCAAGGCUCCUGCCUACCGGCACGUCAUUUUCAACACGCGCAUCGACGUCCACUGGAAGGUGUCGGUGUUCUGCCUGUUGUGCAAGGCCUACACGUACUGGACGCAGCUCAAGCAGCCACUAGCUGUGGGCGAGGCCCCCCCUGGGGGGCCCGCUGCCAUCGUGCGCUCCGCCAUGGAGUGGGACUUCUACUGCCUGUGUGCUGCCUCGACGCUCGAGCUGCUCAGCUUCCUGGGUGCGAUGUGGUGUGUGCUGCUGCUGUGGAAGGUGCUAUGCGACCACGCCACCCUGCUGCGUGCCCUGCUGCUCUCAAACUACGGCGAACUGAUGUUGGUGCCGGCCAUCAUCUGGGAGCAUGAGCAUGCGCCGUUCUGCCUGCCGCUCAUUCGCCUCUUCGCGCUCGCCUCCAACGCGCAGGCCUUGCACGUGGUGCUGGACUGCACGUGGAGCCUGGCCUGCAGUACGGUGCUGGUGGGGUUCUUGGCGGAGAGAGCCGUGGUCUCUGUCUUGCGGCCUUUAGGCUAGCCAAGCGGGAAUCUGUGAGCUCAACAAUCCGUGCCUUGCCACUGAGGCAUGGCCCUUGCGAGUUGGUGUUAGGGCUACAUAAAUGUUUUUACAAUGCCAAGAUGUCUGGUUUUAAAAAGAGCAGUUUUAAAAAAUUUGCCACAUUGGAGACCCUUUGUUGGGUUAAUGUUUUACAGGAAUCCACCUCGAGUCAAGUUCACCAUAUAACAACGGAGAAAAAUGUAUCACCUCACAAAUUCCACGUCACUUGACUGUUGAUCUUUCAUCAUCCACAUAAUCACGCGGGUAAAACUGCAGACUCCUGGUACUUGUGUGAAUGAGCUUUGUGGACCUUACUAAUAAUUACCUGUCUUCAUUUUUAUACUGGGGUAAGCACAAAGUGUGCGCUGUAUGGCUGUGUUCUGUUCAAUACUAGUGACUCGUGACAAGAUAUUAUACUUGAAAGUAUCUGUACAUUUAAACUUGCUUUUGUUCAAAAUAAAGCUUAAGGUUAUGCCAAAGUAUAAGUUAUUAACCUGACAUUUCCUCGUAAUAUAGAAAUGAAAUUGUUGCUAUGUAAAAAAAAAUCUGUGUUGUUUGUGUUUAAAUGUUGAGUUGAAAACUUGAUUAUCAGCAAAGCCGAUUAAAUCUCGCAUGUUAAUUUUUACAUAAAUUUAAGUAAUAUUUUAUUUUUUUGCGAAUAUUUUAAGAGAUUGCACUUAUUAAAUAAUCGUUCAGGAAAUGUGUGUUUAGUGUUGUAAGUUGGAAACAUUUCUGUUUAAGCAUAUUUACAAGGCUCAUGACGGUUACAAAUGUUUGCGAUCCUGAAAGGAAAACAUUCUACGCGAUUAACUUAACUUUUUUAACUGACUUGUCCAUGGCUUGUGUAUGCGUGUUAAUAAAAUAUAUUUUAAA